UUUACCAAAUUUCUCUCUGCAUGGGUCGCUCUAGUGGACCUAAAUCUCAGAUUUUAGUUAUCAAAUGGCUACUGGAGGAAGUUAUAUAGACAGCGACAGUGAUGAUGACUUACCAGCUGGAUGGGAAGAACGAACUGAUAAAGAUGGAUUUGUUUUUUAUGCAAACCAUACAAAGCAGACCACACAAUGGACGCAUCCACGAACUGGGAAAACUAAACAGGUAACAGGAGAGCUUCCAUAUGGCUGGGCUAAAAAGACUGAUGAAAAGGGAAGAUUAAUGUAUGUAGACCAUGUUUCAAAAAGGACAACAUAUACAGACCCCAGACUUGCAUUUGCCACAGAGCAUAACCCCAAUAAGAAAGCAUUUAACCAACGUUUUGAUGCGUACAGCACAGCUAUGAAAGUACUGGAAGCACGAGAUUUAACAGGAAAAUAUAUCAUCAUUACUGGAGCUAAUUCUGGCAUUGGCUAUGAAACAGCCAAAUCAUUAGCGUUUCAUGGUGCACAUGUGACCAUGGCAUGUCGGAAUAUGGUGUCUGCCAGGGCCUGUAUACAAAAGAUUAAACAGGAGCGUUCUGAAGCUAAAGUUGAGGUCAUGAACUGUGACCUGGCAUCUCUCUGUAGUGUGAAAGAGUUUGCAGAAUCGUAUAAACUUAAAGAAUGGCCUCUGCAUGUUGUUAUCUGUAAUGCUGGUGUGUUCGGAAUGCCAUGGUCAGCGACAGAGGAUGGCUAUGAAACUACAUUUCAGGUUUGUCAUCUUGGACAUUUUUACCUAGUCAACCUGCUGACCGACCUUUUAAUCACCUCCGCACCAUCCAGAGUCGUCAUGGUUUCUUCAGAAUCUCACCGAUUCAUUGAAUUGCGUUCUAAAGAAUUUAAUGUGAAGACAGCUUCCAUGGCCCAGGAGGACUAUUGGCCAAUUCUUGCAUAUGGCCGGGCCAAACUGUGUAACAUUCUCUUCGCUAAUGAAUACAACAGACGUUACAGGGACCAAGGAGUAACCAGCAAUAGUUUGCAUCCAGGAAACAUGAUUCACACAGGCAUCCAGAAGAACUGGUGGCUAUAUCGAAUAUUGUUUGCGCUAGUUAGGCCAUUCACCAAGUCCCUGCAACAAGGAUCAGCAACUAGUGUGUUCUGUGCAGUUAGCAAUGAUCUUGAAGGGACAGGUGGACUAUACUUGAAUCACUGCUGUAUAUGCGAAGCAUCCGAUGAAGCAAAGAAUGAAGAUAAAGCAAAGGAAUUAUGGGAACUGAGUGAAUGUAUGAUAAACAAGUGCAUCUAUUAGAUCAUCAAAUAUCAAGGAAUUAUUGGGUGGUUAACAAAUAUAUGAUGAUGAUGAUGAUAUAAUAAUAAUAAUGUAAAGAACAUUGAGGUACUUAAUGACAAGUAAUUGUAGACGUAGAUCAGAAGACACUGAAUGUCGGAGAAAAGAAAGAUAGCAAACCCAUGUGGAGUACUGUAGUGGUUCUUUCAUCUCUGACAUUCGAUGUCUUCUUCAUUUAGAUCUACGAUUACUAUUUCUUUAUCACCCUCAGCCAUUAAUAUUAUUUUAUAUGUAUAUCUGCUCUAGAGCCCUUAUUAAAAGGACAUCAUCAAGGUUAAAAAAAAAAGUGUCCCUGAAUAGGGAUACCCCUAUUACCCCUAUUUAGUGGACACUAACCAAAAACAUGAAAUUGUAUCCUAAAUAAGGGGUUUGGCUUGUACUGGUAGAUUCUUUAUAAUUUUAUUUUAAUUGAUCUAAGAAUGAGUUACAAUAUAAUUCGAUUAAAUUGUAACAAUAAUUUGCAAUGCAAAUACCAUAUAUAUGUAAUAAAAAUAUUA